AUGCUAUCACAACAUACAUACGGUGCUUUGGAUACUGAGCACAAUGAAGCACAGAGAGAGCACACCGAUGGAGAAGAUCAUGUACUGUCUAAUACGCCUACAGUACUUCGACCCGAUGCAUUUAAAGAGGACGAGAAGACAGAGCUGUCACACGGUACUCUUGUAAAUAUGAAUACCGAACCAUCCGCUGAUGACAAGUGCGUCAAAUUGGCAGAAAUCUUAGAGAUUAGAAAGGAAAACGUUUUUAAUGGAAUGAAGAAACUGGCCAUGAGACGGAGUGAUGCCAGUGUGUUCAAACUAGAGCUACCAUUCAACCCUGUCAUUGACCAGAUGGAUGAUGAGGGAUACACACCGCUCUACAAGGCAGCCUUAGAAGGUCGUCUCAUUGCAGAAGACGCUUAUGUAAACAAGGCAGAUUCCAAGGGUUGUACACCAUUCAAUGCUGCCGUUCAAUAUGGUCAUCUUGAAGCUGUCGAAUAUCUCAUGACUAAAGGAGCCAAGCAGAACAGAUAUGCUGGAAGGACGCCACUCUAUGCUGCAGCACAACUUGGUCAUUUAGACAUCGUCAAAUUCUUCAUUUCGAAAGGAGCUGAUGUAAACGAAGAAGAUGAAAAGGGGGAAAUUCCUCUUCACGGUGCAGCUUCUGGAGGCCACUUAGAAGUCAUGAAAUAUCUCAUUCAGCAAGGAUCUAAUGUGAACAAGGCGAAUUCCGAGGGUUGGACUCCAUUCAAUGCUGCCGUUCAGUAUGGCCAUCUUGAAGCUGUAAAAUAUCUCAUGACUAAAGGAGCGACGCAAAACAGAUAUAAUGGAAUGACCCCACUCUAUGCUGCAGCACAAUCUGGUCAUUUAAACAUCGUACAAUUCGUCAUUUCUAAAGGAGCUGAUGUGAACGAAGAACAUGACAAAAGAAUGAUUCCUCUCCACGGUGCAGCUUCUGGAGCCCAUUUAAUAGAAGUCAUGAAAUAUCUCAUUCAACAAGGAUCUAAUGUGAACAAGACAAAUCUCAAGGGUUGGACUCCAUUCAAUGCUGCCGUUCAAUAUGGCUAUCUUGAAGCUGUCAAAUGUCUCAUAACUGAAGGAGCGAAGCAGAACAGAUAUAAUGGUAAAGCCCCUCUCUAUGCUGCCGCAAAAUGUAGUCAUUUAGACAUCGUCAGACUCUUCAUAUCCAAUGGCGCUGAUGUGAACGAAGAAGAUGAGGAAGGGGAGAUUCCUCUCCACGGUGCAGCUAUUGACGGUAACGUUGAAGUCAUGGCAUAUCUCAUUCAGCAAGGUUCUGAUACGAACAAGUGUGAUGCCGAUGGUUGGACACCAUUCAAUGCCGCUAUUCAAUAUGGUCAUCUAGAAUCCGUCAAAUACCUCAUAACUAAAGGAGCGAAGCAGAACAGAUAUGCUGGAAGGACCCCACUUUAUGCCGCAGCACAAUUGGGUCAUUUAGACAUCGUCAGACUCUUCAUAUCCAAUGGCGCUGAUGUAAACGAAAAAGAUGAGGAAGGGGAGAUUCCUCUCCACGGUGCAGCUAAUGACGGUAACGUUGAAGUCAUAAAAUAUCUCAUUCAGCAAGGAUCUGAUGUAAACAAGAUGGAUGCCGAGGGUUGGACACCGUUCAAUGCUGCUGUCCAAGAGGGCCAAUUAGAAGCUGUCAAAUAUCUCAUGACUAAAGGAGCGAAGCAAAACAGAAAUGAUGGAAUGACCCCACUCUAUGCCGCAGCCCAAUCUGGUCGUUUAGACAUCGUCAAAUUCUUCAUAUCCAAUGGCGCUGAUGUGAACGAAGAAGAUGACAGAAGGAAGAUUCCUCUCCACGGUGCAGCUUGUGAAGGCCACUUAGAAGUCAUGGAAUAUCUCAUUCAGCAAGGAUCUGAUACGAACAAGUGUGAUGCUGAGGGUUGGACACCAUUCAAUGCUGCCGUGCAAUAUGGCCAUCUAGAAUCCGUCAAAUACCUCAUAACUAAAGGAGCGAAGCGGAACAGAUAUGCCGGAAUGACCCCACUUUAUGCCGCAGCACAAUCUGGUCAUUUAGACAUCGUCAAGUUCUUCAUCUCAGAAGGAGCUGAUGUGAACGAAGAAGAUGAGGAAGGGAUGAUUCCUCUCCGCGGUGCAGCUGCUGGAGGCCAAUUAGAAGUCAUGGAAUAUCUCAUUCAGCAAGGAUCUGAUGUGAACAAGGCUGAUGCCAAGGGUGGGACAUCAUUCAAUGCUGCUGUCCAAGGGGGUCAUCUUGAAGCUGUCGAAUAUCUCAUGACUAAAGGAGCGAAGCAGAACAGAUAUGAUGGAAUGACCCCACUCUAUGCCGCAGCACAAUCUGGUUGUUUAGACAUCGUCAAAUUCUUCAUAUCCAAUGGCGCUGAUGUGAACGAAGAACAUGCCAGAAGGAUGAUUCCUCUCAACGGUGCAGCUCAUAGAGGCCAAUUAGAAGUCAUGGAAUAUCUCAUUCAGCAAGGAGCUGAUGUGAACAAGGCUGAUGCCAAGGGUGGGACAUCUUUCAAUGCUGCUGUCCAAGGGGGUCAUCUUGAAGCUGUCGAAUAUCUCAUGACUAAAGGAGCGAAGCAGAACAGAUAUGAUGGAAUGACCCCACUCUAUGCCGCAGCACAAUCUGGUUGUUUAGACAUCGUCAAAUUCUUCAUAUCCAAUGGCGCUGAUGUGAACGAAGAAGAUGACAGAAGGAAGAUUCCUCUCCACGGUGCAGCUUGUGAAGGCCACUUAGAAGUCAUGGAAUAUCUCAUUCAGCAAGGAUCUGAUACGAACAAGUGUGAUGCUGAGGGUUGGACACCAUUCAAUGCUGCCGUGCAAUAUGGCCAUCUAGAAUCCGUCAAAUACCUCAUAACUAAAGGAGCGAAGCGGAACAGAUAUGCCGGAAUGACCCCACUUUAUGCCGCAGCACAAUCUGGUCAUUUAGACAUCGUCAAGUUCUUCAUCUCAGAAGGAGCUGAUGUAAACGAAGAAGAUGAGGAAGGGAUGAUUCCUCUCCGCGGUGCAGCUGCUGGAGGCCAAUUAGAAGUCAUGGAAUAUCUCAUUCAGCAAGGAUCUGAUGUGAACAAGGCUGAUGCCAAGGGUGGGACAUCAUUCAAUGCUGCUGUCCAAGGGGGUCAUCUUGAAGCUGUCGAAUAUCUCAUGACUAAAGGAGCGAAGCAGAACAGAUAUGAUGGAAUGACCCCACUCUAUGCCGCAGCACAAUCUGGUUGUUUAGACAUCGUCAAAUUCUUCAUAUCCAAUGGCGCUGAUGUGAACGAAGAACAUGCCAGAAGGAUGAUUCCUCUCCACGGUGCAGCUCAUAGAGGCCAAUUAGAAGUCAUGGAAUAUCUCAUUCAGCAAGGAGCUGAUGUGAACAAGGCUGAUGCCAAGGGUGGGACAUCAUUCAAUGCUGCUGUCCAAGGGGGUCAUCUUGAAGCUGUCGAAUAUCUCAUGACUAAAGGAGCGAAGCAGAACAGAUAUGAUGGAAUGACCCCACUCUAUGCCGCAGCACAAUCUGGUUGUUUAGACAUCGUCAAAUUCUUCAUAUCCAAUGGCGCUGAUGUGAACGAAGAACAUGACAAAGGGAUGAUUCCUCUCCACGGUGCAGCUUGUGAAGGCCACUUAGAAGUCAUGGAAUAUCUCAUUCAGCAAGGAUCUGAUACGAACAAGUGUGAUGCUGAGGGUUGGACACCAUUCAAUGCUGCCGUGCAAUAUGGCCAUCUAGAAUCCGUCAAAUACCUCAUAACUAAAGGAGCGAAGCGGAACAGAUAUGCCGGAAUGACCCCACUUUAUGCCGCAGCACAAUCUGGUCAUUUAGACAUCGUCAAGUUCUUCAUCUCAGAAGGAGCUGAUGUGAACGAAGAAGAUGAGGAAGGGAUGAUUCCUCUCCGCGGUGCAGCUGCUGGAGGCCAAUUAGAAGUCAUGGAAUAUCUCAUUCAGCAAGGAGCUGAUGUGAACAAGGCUGAUGCCAAGGGUGGGACAUCAUUCAAUGCUGCUGUCCAAGGGGGUCAUCUUGAAGCUGUCGAAUAUCUCAUGACUAAAGGAGCGAAGCAGAACAGAUAUGAUGGAAUGACCCCACUCUAUGCCGCAGCACAAUCUGGUUGUUUAGACAUCGUCAAAUUCUUCAUAUCCAAUGGCGCUGAUGUGAACGAAGAACAUGCCAGAAGGAUGAUUCCUCUCCACGGUGCAGCUCAUAGAGGCCAAUUAGAAGUCAUGGAAUAUCUCAUUCAGCAAGGAGCUGAUGUGAACAAGGCUGAUGCCAAGGGUGGGACAUCAUUCAAUGCUGCUGUCCAAGGGGGUCAUCUUGAAGCUGUCGAAUAUCUCAUGACUAAAGGAGCGAAGCAGAACAGAUUUGAUGGAAUGACCCCACUCUAUGCCGCAGCACAAUCUGGUUGUUUAGACAUCGUCAAAUUCUUCAUAUCCAAUGGCGCUGAUGUUAACGAAGAACAUGACAAAGGGAUGAUUCCUCUCCACGGUGCAGCUCAUAGAGGCCAUUUAGAAGUCAUGGAAUAUCUCAUUCAGCAAGGAGCUGAUGUGAACAAGGCUGAUGCCAAGGGUGGGACAUCAUUCAAUGCUGCUGUCCAAGGGGGUCAUCUUGAAGCUGUCGAAUAUCUCAUGACUAAAGGAGCGAAGCAGAACAGAUAUGAUGGAAUGACCCCACUCUAUGCCGCAGCACAAUCUGGUUGUUUAGACAUCGUCAAAUUCUUCAUAUCCAAUGGCGCUGAUGUUAACGAAGAACAUGACAAAGGGAUGAUUCCUCUCCACGGUGCAGCUCAUAGAGGCCAUUUAGAAGUCAUGGAAUAUCUCAUUCAGCAAGGAGCUGAUGUGAACAAGAAAGAUAACACUGGGUGGACGCCAUUACAUGCUGCAGUCAGUAACGGCCAUUUAGAAGUUGUUAAAGUUCUAUUGGCCAAAGGAGCUCAGGGUACCAUGUUUGAAGGAUUGACCCUUGUCCUUGUCUCCAAUGGAUUUGAUGUGAACGAAAGAAAUGAAUGCGGUAAGUCCCCUCUUCAUGCAGGAUGUUACAAUGGUAACAUUGAUAUCUUGAAAUUACUUGUUCACCACAACGCUCAUGUCAAUGUACAAGAUGAUGAAGGAUGGACACCACUCGAAGCCGCUGCACAAGAAGGACAUGAAGAUGUAGUAGAUUUCCUUGCAUUGGAUGGAGCAGACACGGACGUGAACGACAUAGAUGGUUUGGCGCCGCUUCAGGCAGCAGCGAACGCAGGCCAUCCAAAUGCAGUAGAAGGCAUCUCACCUUGUAGAGGUGAUCCGGAUGAGGAAGAAACUGGAGAUCAACGUUCCCGUGACCACCAGAAACGCAUCGAAGGAGAGUAUGUGACGGUGACAAUGAAGGAUGCAGACACGACAUCACACACGGGACAGUUAGCAUCUCAGGUAGACAAUGUGGAGAAUACGAACGACUGCACUCAAGCUGAUAAUGCGAAGAGAGGAGACGCCGAACUCUCCUUGAAGAAUCUUCACAGUAGGACCCAUGAUGAUGAAGAAAGUGGCAGAGAAGAACACAAUCCUUUCAUCCAUGCUAAGCUGAAAUAUCCUGAAAAAGGUGAACAAGAUCCAAUGCUAGAUCAGAUUGAAGCAAUGGAGAGCCCCGUGACCACAAAUGACGCAGGCGGUUCUUCCCCGCGCGGAUCUCAGACAUGGCAAUACAGCGGAUUCGAUCCACCCCAUCUUCAAACCAUGGAGACUGACCGUCACCCGUCUGAAGACCUGGAAUCCAGAUGUCACUCACCAAUUGACGAAAACAGUGAAAUUCGAGAAUCUUCUUCACCGAUGAAUGCUGGAAAUGAUCCUCCAAUUAACAGAACAUCAGAGAGUGAGAGGUACUAG